GGAUGGGCCUGGUGCUUUUCGAAGUACCUGAAACGAUAGACAAUAGUUUGUGAAUAAAGGCGCGAAAUAGCGUCAUUUCCACGACGGAAUCAAGGACCUUCCAUCAGGGAAAUGCAUUGGUGCAAACAGUAAUGUGUAUCACGUAGAGAGUGAUGUAGAGUGGCUCAGACGGACGGACGUCGGAGAUGAGAGUGAAAAUGGUAGAAGAAAUUCAGAAAAAGCUACAGGCUGAAAUAGAUAAAUUUAAUCAAGUUCAAAAAGAUUACAAUAAAGCACUUCGUACAAGACAAAUACUUGAUGGACAAUUGAAUGAAAAUAUUGCUGUUAAAAAGGAAUUGGAUCUUCUCAAGUCUGAAGAUGAAGUUUACAAAUUAAUCGGACCGUGUUUGAUAAAACAAUAUUUAGACGAAGCUAAACAAAAUGUUUCUAAACGUAUGGAUUACAUUUCGUCCGAAUUGAGUCGCACAGAAGAAUUAAUAGCUACUUUGGACAAAAAGCAAGAUGCUCAUAGAGAAACUUUAGAAAAAUUGCAGCAAAUGUUUCAGCAAGCUCAAGUCAAAGCAUCGUUGGCUGGAACGAAAGCAUAAUAUGGUGCUUUUUUUUCUUUUUUUUUUAGCUUAACAAUUACAUUUAUUGAUUACUAUUAACCCUUAAAGUGUACACUUGGUAAAAGUUAGUUUAAAUGCACCACUGUGGACGUUUGACACUUCAACGUGUUAAAACGCGUCUCCUGAUAGCUGCUAUUUAAUAUUUAGACCUGACAAUUUUUUUAAAAGUAGUUU